UUCAGCAAAAGUCCAGUGCAAGGAAAUCCUCAAUAGCCAUAAAUGGAGGAGGUGUGGGACUGUCUCAGUAAUCGUAAACAACAAACAUCAACAAAAAACCGGAGAAAAGCAACCAUGACCCAACCAACUCCUUCCCCUUGGACAACUCCACCGGACUUGUAACCCGCCUCUUUCCAAGUCGGCAGGAUAUCGAUCUGGAAUCAACUGACGAGAAACGGCAACCACAGGACAAACAGUACGCCCCAUAAUGUUACUAUCACCGGCACUGGUGCGUUCCUUCCAAUGGUCCGCCACUGUGCUCGCUCGUCCUACUCAACGCCAGGCCGCACUUUGCAGGAUCCAGAUCACGACCAUACUUGCGCCUCGAUACUACCGUAUCCGAGCGCAUGAUAGUCCGACAGACGUUACUAGUGCUGCUGCACAGGCUAUCACCGGCGAAACGUCCAUAAUAAAACCAGCUGCACGGCGCCCGCGCAACCUAGGUUCCGGAACAUGGACAAAAGAAAUCGACCAACAAAUCAUCGAUCUCCGAAACGCGAACCGCACCUGGGAUUACAUCGCCCUCAUAACUGGCCGCUCGUCAUCAGCUUGUUCCGAUCGUUAUUACAGCGCUCUGGACCCAGCACUUCGGAACUGGACACCGGCCAUGUUCGCCAAACUGGAUCAAAUGGUCGAGGCCGGCGCACGGUGGUCGCACAUUGCCGCGACCUUGAACGCCCGCAUCAAGGCCUGUCAGCAUCAAUGGCGCACGCUUGGCAAGGGCAAAUAUCGAAUCAAGGGUAUGAUGACCUCGACCCAGUCAUUUGCGUGGACGCAGCAGGAGAUUGAAUCGUUUUGGAGGGCGUGGCUGGAGCAUAACGGUUCCGAUUGGACUGCGAUCGCUAUGGGUGUAAGGACGAGAUCUGAGAAGGAGUGCAAGGAUACGUUCCGGGCCCUGACACUUAAUGCAUUGAAAGAUGCACAGGGCUGGAUCAAGCUCGAGGCCUUCAGCUAUGUGACGGAGACCUCUAAAACUGCUCGGAUGCGAAAACGACGAGAGCAGGAGGAGAUGCUGGAGAAACAGGCAGGAUUUUCGGCACAGGAUAGACUUCGAUGGACCACAGCUGAGCAUGAAGCACUAUUAGAGGCUGUGGAGAAGCAUGGACUGUUUUCGGGAUGGACCAGUAUUCGGGAGCAGGUCAAACCCUUUUUGAGCGACGACGAAGUCGAGGCAGAGUAUUAUCGACUUAGUGGGGUUGCCAUCAAGGAUGAACCCAAGAUCGAGGAAAAUGAGGAGGAAGGAAAGAGCAAAUCCGCGCCACCAGUGCCUCGGGAUGGGCCAUGGACAGACGCCGAGGUCGAUAUUCUGAAUACCAUGUUGAUGAAGUACAGCACCCUGCCAGUCUGGACCCAGGAAGCAGCAAAGCGUGGCAUUGAAGCAUCCGACGAUGACUAUGAGACGUUGUUCAAGAGAUCAGGUCACGUCAAGUUGGAAUCCAUAUCGGAGGACGAAGACAUCGAGGAGUCGUCAUCGUUGUCGUCAUCGCCAGUGCUAGAGUCAUCCUCAACCACAACGCAAGAUUCAUCUUCGCUAUGGAGCAACGAGCGCAUUUACCGCCUAAGGCGCCUUGUCACCCAGCAACAGGAGCAGGAGCGUGCUUCAGGUCAUCCUAUCAACUGGUCAUGGAUCGCUGAACACAUUGGUCCAGACUUUGAUGCGAACAUGUGCAUCGCGGAGUGGCAGAGACUUCCAAAUCAGCAGGGCGCGCGCAUAGAAUCUCGCAAAUUCUGGGACGAUGGCGAUAUCAAGUUAUUAGAGCAGGGCGUCAAGGAGUACGGCAGGGCAUGGAAUCUGAUCCAGAAGUACUACUUGAGCGACCGCAGUACGGACUCAAUCCGACGCAAGAUGAGCAACUUACAGAGAAACCGGGAUUUUCUGAUGGAGGAGCAGAGAGAGAUUGCAGAGUCAAUGAAGAAGGAAGACCCAAGCUUGGACGUGGACGUCUAUGUACACGGAGCCCUACAGGACAAUCCCAUUUACAAGCUCGCUAACCGUCUUGAGGAUCUAGCUAUGGUGCGUCAAGGGCCCGGGAUUCGCCGCCCCAGGGCAUUAGAAAAACAAGCUGCUGUUAAGGCUGCUAAAGAUGCUAAAGCUGCAAAAGCCGAGGCAAAAGCUGCUGCAAAAGCUGCAAAGGCUGAAGCAAAAAUUGCUGCAAGAGCUGCUGCAAAAGCUACCAAAGCUGAAGCAAAAGUUGCCGCAAAAGCUGCUGCAAAAGCUGCUGCAAAAGCUGCAAAAAUUGAAGCAAAAGCUGCUAUAGCUGCGGCAAAAGCUGAAGCGAAAGCUGCUGCUCAAGCUGCAGCAGCAAAAGCUCCUGUGGAGGAUACAGCUACUUGA